GCAGGCGGCACUGCACUCUCGUCUUUCCUCACCCCCAAUCUCUCUCUCUCUCUCUCUCUGUUUCGAGAGUCCUUGUCUAGGGUUAGGGUUUUGUUGUUUUCAGAUUUUGUAUUUCCUUUUGAAUAGUUUCUGUAAUGGACAGACACAGAGGGGAGCGCUAUGGUAACAACGCAGACACCCACCACUAUAGGCACUCCAGGGGCCCGCCUCGCUCCUCUUCUGACGGCCCUUUCAACCACCACCACCGUCGUAGCCCUGCCAAUUAUCGCGGCGGGGGAGACCGGCAUCAACAUCGUCCUUUCGACAGCCCGCCCCGUUAUCCCGCAGGAGGAGGUGGCGGCGGCGGCGGACCUGGGGGAUUCGGACCAGUAGGCGGCGUCGGAGAUGGUGGGUUCCGACCACCAGACGGCGGCGGGUUUAAUUCCAAUCACCAGGCGCCUCUCUCUGGCCAGAAACGGGGGUACUCCUACUCUGGCCGAGGAGGGUCUCCAGAUCGCUUUGAUGGUGGCAAUUUUGCCAAACUUUUCAUUGGAUCUGUUCCAAAGACAGCUACUGAAGAAGAUAUUCGCCCUUUGUUUGAGGAACAUGGCAAUGUUCUAGAGGUUGCUUUAAUCAAAGAUAAAAGAACUGGGCAACAGCAAGGAUGUUGUUUUGUAAAAUAUGCUACUUCAGAAGAAGCCGAUAGGGCAAUUCGAGCUUUACACAACCAGGUCACUUUACCUGGGGGCGUGGGUCCUAUCCAAGUAAGAUAUGCAGAUGGAGAAAGGGAACGCCUUGGGGCAGUUGAGCACAAGUUGUUUGUUGGCUCACUGAAUAAACAGGCUAAAGAAAAGGAAGUUGAGGAGAUCUUUUCACCUUAUGGUCAAGUUGAAGAUGUUUAUCUCAUGCGUGACGAAAUGAAGCAGAGUCGUGGGUGUGGAUUUGUUAAAUUUUCUCACCGAGAAAUGGCGAUGGCUGCUAUCAACACUCUUAAUGGAAUAUAUACAAUGAAAGGGUGUGAUCAACCAUUAACUGUUCGGUUUGCUGAUCCAAAGAGGCCUAGAGCUGGAGAGUCAAGGGGUGGUCCUUCAUUUGGAGGCCCAGGUUUUGGUCCCCGGUUUCCAGCCCCAGGAGUUAGAUCAAUCCCAAACCUUGGUGACCCCAUGCCUGGUCGUGCACCAUCUAAUGCUUGGCAAACAACGAGUCCUCAGAAUCUAGGGUCCUUUCCAAAUGCUGGCAUACAAGGUUUUGGUAAUCAGAUACUUCCUCGAUCUGCAGAUGCGACCAUGAAUUCAACUUUGGGUGGUCCUCCGGGGGCUGCAGAUGGGUUGCUACCUGGACUUGCUGUUUCAUCAUCUUCAUUGCAGCAGGGUUUUAACCAGUCUUUGCCACAAGUCCCCUUAGUUGGGCAGCAGCAACUGUCACCCCUACAGAAGCCACUUCAGUCAGCUCAAGACUUACCAUCUUCCCUGCAGUUACCCCAACAUAUUCCAUCAUCUUACUCACAGUCACUGACUUCCCUUGCAUCAGUCCAGCAACUUGGUCAACUACAAAUUCCUCAGUCAGCAGGUCAAACCCCCUUCAAUCAGGCAUUGCCAACUCAACAGUUGCUUGGUUUGAGUGGACAGUUAACUGCUUCUCAGCCUCCGGUCCAGCAGAAUGCAUCUGUGCAACAAGCACCUAUGAAUAUUAAUAUACAACCGCAUCACCUUUCUGCCAUAGCAAAUCAACAACAGCUACCCACUAAUGUUCAGCAGCAACUGCUUCAGCCACACCAGCAAUCACCUUCUCAGUUUGCUCAGAUGCUGUCCCAGCAGAAACAGACACUGCAGGCUAGCUUUCAAUCAUCUCAGCAGGCAUUCUCUCAGCUUCAGCACCAGUUUCAGCUGAUGCAACCUUCUAAUCAAAAUCCAAUUUCACAGCAAAGUUCUCAGGCUGCUAAACAGCAGGCUCCUUGGACUGGUAUGAUACCACAGACAGGUGCCAGCACUACUUCAGUUGCUUCAGUGGCAGAUGUGCCACCCGUCUCAUCUUCUGCUCCAGUUCUUCCAACCACCCAGGCAGUAGUAGCUCCUGCAAAGUGUAGUUGGACAGAACACACCUCUCCUGAUGGACACAAGUAUUACUAUAAUAGUUCAACUGGUCAAAGCACGUGGGAGAAGCCAGAGGAGUUGACGUUGGUUGAACAACAGAAGCAGCAACAGCAAAAACCAUCAGUUCAGCAGCCUCAAACCCAGAUGCACCCUCAAAGUGUGUCUACGCAGCAAGUUUCACAGACACAACAUGCUCAAUUUCAAGCACAGCUCCGCUACCCGCAACAAUUGCAGCAAAGUUCUAUGCCGAUGUCGUAUCAGGCUUCGGGAGUUACAAGUCACCAAAAUAUGCAGGAACUUGGUUAUAUCCAAUCACAAGGAGCUGCUGGUUCUGUUAAUGAUCCCUCGCGCUUCCAGCAAGGGCUUCAUGCUGCUCAGGAUUGGAUGUGGAAGAAUAAGCCUUCAGAUUGAUGUUGAAUGCCUCCUGCUGUGGAUCGAUUUACCUCAUAGGAACUUGAUAUGAAAGGGCAAAAAGUUGGAGACUAUAACUCAGCAAGUUGGCGGAUAUAAAGUUGGAACUAGAAACUGAAUUGCGGCGAUAAGGCAGGCUGGCCAGUGGCCUUCUGUCUCGAACUCAAAAGCCUACUGGGUUGUGUAAUAGCAAAAAAACCUCACAUUUUCCUCAUCUUUUCCCCUCCUUUUUAAUUUCAGUUUUUUUGCUUUGACAGUUGCUCGCACAAAGUUUCCUUAGUUAAAAGCUUGUAAGUUUUUAAUGUACGCAUUGGUAGAUUUUCGAUAACCAAAUAUGUAACGUUUAUGGUUGUGCUAAUUGAUGCUUUACCUGCACAUA